AUGGAGGAGCUGGGAACUGUGCACAAAGAUCUGUUUUUCACCAGCCUCAGUGGUCAACAUAUUGCGAUCUGCACAUCAGAGGAUUUGUGCACACAUCAGGAGGAAAGACUCAAAAAUGGCGAACUUGUAAAACGAGUUCAUAAAUCUGUCAUUCUAUCCAGUAUGGUGGUAAUAUUCGGCUUUUUUCUCACUAUGGUCGUUUUCUUCAUUGGCACGGCCUUGAACGCUGACGCUACCAUGUUGAAGCGAGCUGCAUCGUCAUUUAUAACCAUCGCAACGGCCGUGAACUUUUUUGUCUACUACACAACCAGCUCUCAGUAUCGCCAAAUAUUCGACGAGCUUCUAGGCAUUGGUCGUCUUAAAGGAACUGUUUGGUGCGCAGGAAGCGAAGUGGCUUCGAUGAGCCCCACCCGCCGUGUGCAUUUUCUUCACCUGAAAACUAUUAAGGAUUCUACAAAUCGUUCUUAA